ACGCGCUCUUAAAAUAGUUUCUCACGCGUAGGUAACUGGUACGAGGCGUGCUCCUGUUCAUUGGAAAUACGCUGAUCGAUGUGCAAGAACACAAUGACGUGCAGAAACGAGCUGACGAUGAUGAAGAUGACGAUGAUGAUCAGCUCCAUGUUUAUCAUUGGAAUUCUUCUUCUGGUUACUAAAAUCAAUUACACGGAUGGCUGUAACGAAGCCAUUUGUGCUAGCGUCGUUAGUAAAUGCAUGCUAACGCAAAGUUGCAAAUGUGAUCUUGUCACCUGUACUUGUUGCAAGGAGUGUUUCUCGUGUCUCAGUUAUUUAUACGACGAAUGUUGUUCUUGCGUUGAUCUCUGCCCAAAACCGAACAUCACGGACAACCCGUUGAGCAAAAAAUCCCACGUGGAAGAUUUCAGCGAACCGGUACCAGGUCUCUUCCAAGCACUCACAGCAGAACCGGAUCCUCGCGGACGUUGGCUCACCUUUAGCUUCCCAGUCGAUUUUGACAUGGCCUUGUUUGCGCCAAAACAAGAUAAAGAAAUCAAAUAUCACAUGCAAACUGCUGAUGAAGUUGUGCAUCCUUUAAAACCAAACAUCAUGACAGUAAAUUGUACAGUCGUAUUUAUGGCACAAUGCAACUCAUGGAACAAAUGUCGAGCUUCCUGUCAAAGUAUGGGUGCAAACAGUUAUAGGUGGUUCCACGAUGGUUGUUGUGAGUGUAUUGGUGAUACGUGCAUUAAUUAUGGUAUCAAUGAAUCCAGGUGUAUCCAUUGUCCAUUGGAUAAAGAAGAGGAUGAUUUAAAUGAACAAUACGAUGAUUUUGGUCAGGACGAAGACGAUACGGUUGAAGAUGAUAUGGAUUAAUUCAAAUCUUAAAUAUUAAUAUAGUGAAUAAUGUGUACAAACUAUGCGAAAAACAAUGGAGUUCGCUUUUAAGUGCAAUUUUUUUUUCAUCAAUAUUAAUAUUAUCUCCUAUAAAUAUCAUUGUAUUUGAUCAAUGAUACAAUUUAAUCUCACAAAUGUGAAAACUUAUAACAAGUUUAAUCCUUAUUUUAAAGGAACUUAUCUUAGUGUCCAAUAAUUAUCACUAGGAUCAGAACAUUUUAAUUAAACCAUGACAAACAACUAGAUUAUUUUAUUUUAAGUAUUUUAACGUGAUCUUUUUAGCGUGUAAGAAUUUCACGAAAAUUGUCUUUUGUCCUAUUUUAUUUACCAAACCCCCACCCCCACCCCCUACCCCUAUUUUUAAAUUAUUUUUUUAAAAUAAAUUUUUUAAUGUCUUGUUUUAAUUUAAUUCGACGAAAUACGACAUCCAUUUUUAAGAAUCAAAAUUCGUUGAUAUUUCAACUAUCGAAUAAAAAAUAGAAGCAUGAAUUUUUAAUAUGCAUUUUUUGUUUUGUUUGUUUAAAUAAAACACUAUCUUAUUGUUUAAUGGUCAAACAUGUUCAUGAUUCGUCACUGUACAUGACUGCAGCGACAUAAACAACAUACAAAGAAAAGAUAAUCAUAAAUCAAUUGAAAUAUCUUGAUGUGUAAUAUUAAUUUAUCUGAUAAUCCGAAAUAGUAUGUUUUACCUAUUAUUAUUAU